AUGUGGUACAUCGCGGUAUUCAGCGGUCUGCUUGUCCUCAUCACCUCAACGAUUGCUUCCACGAUUCGCGUUGAACUAGAUCGUUUUGAACAGCUGAAGGGAUUCGAGUUGGCCAACGCUACCGGGAUCCGUGUUCGUAAAUUCAACCGGACCACUUCCGUCUUGGACGGCUCGGGCGUACUGUUCAAAGACUGUGGAAAUGAUUACGCGUUUACUUUGACCGUGGCUCACAGCCGGCUGGGCAACAACCAGUUCAACGAGUAUCCGCUGAAAAUUUCCAAGGCCAAGACGUGCGACAUCCUGAACGGACCGUACAAGGAGUAUCAGCACCUGUUCAAGAACUACAGCAACCUUCCGCAAGUGGGGAAUGAGAGGGUUUGUCCGUUUCCACGGGGCCACUACUGGGUGAAGAACUGGGCCCCCGCUAGCGACUGGGUGCCACCGGUAGUUCCUGCCGGUUACUGGCGAUUCACCGGCGAUGUGUUUAACCCGCAGGACGAACUGGAGCUGCGAUUGGUCGGAUAUCUUCGUAUCAUAAAGGAUUUGGUUUAA